AUGACGGCUGGGAGCCCUGGAGACUGCGGGGAGGUGCGCAGGAGCCCCGAGGGCCGCGUCUCUCGCCUGGGCCGCCGCCUGGGCCGCCGCCGGCGCCCGCGCUCUCCGCCCGAACCUCUGCGGGUGCGGGCACGGCUGCGGCUGCGCUCGCCGUCGGGGGCGUUCGCGGCGCUGGGGGCGCUCGUGGUACUGGUGGGCAUGGGCAUCGCCGUGGCCGGCUACUGGCCGCACCGCGCCGGCGCCCCAGGGCCGCGCGCUGCCAAUGCCAGCGCCCUCCUCCCGAGCGAGCUGCGACGCGAGGGUCGCGGCGCCGGCCGGGCCCACGGCCCGCACGAGCGGCUGCGGCUCCUCGGGCCGGUGGUCAUGGGCGUCGGCCUGUUCGUGUUCAUCUGCGCCAACACGCUACUCUACGAGAACCGCGACUUGGAGACGCGACGGCUUCGCCAGGGGGUGCUGCGGGCCCAGGCGCUCCGCCCUCCUGACGGCGCCGGCUGGGACUGCGCCCUCCUCCCCAGCCCCGGACCCAGGACUCCCCGAGCCAUAGGCCGCGCAGAGGCAGAAAGUUGGGACCUGUCCCCGCGUCGGGGCACCUCACCCGUCCCGUCAGUGCGGAGUCUGCGUUCAGAGCCUGCUAAUCCUCGCUUGGGGUUACCUGCCCUGCUCAACAGUUACCCUCUGAAGGGCCCAGGGCUGCCCCCACCCUGGGGUCCACGGACCCAGACUGGCCAUGUGAUUAUCACCGUGCAGCCCUCUGGUUCCUGCAUCGAACAUUCCAAGUCUCUGGAUCUGGGCCUUGGGGAGCUCCUACUUGGGGCCCCGGCAGCUCGAGACUGCGCUCACCGGAGCUGGCCACGGCUGGACCGCCUCAGUCUGGGGGGUUAUGCCAAGUUGGGAGGAGGAGGGGACUUGGGAGCCCGGGUUUGA